AUGCCUGAGGUGGUGGAAAAGGACAGUCAUGGCAUUGUGCGAGGCAAGCAGUGCAACACAGCACGUGAUCAGUCGAAGCAACAGAAGCAGGCGAUUCGUGGUGGCGACGUGACUUUCAGCUUAACUAAGACCCGUGACACUUUUGCUGAUUGGUUUGAUGCCAUUAUGGAUGCUGCAGAGCUUGUUGAUAGGCGCUACCCAGUUAAAGGCUGCGUUGUCUUUCGUCCUUAUGGGUUUUUCAUGGAGAAUGCUAUUAUGAGGCUUUGCGAGGAGGAGUAUGCUAAGGUAGGUAUUAGCCAGAUUCUCUUUCCUACUGUUAUUCCAGAAAGCUUUCUGAAGAAGGAAAGUGAUCAUAUAAAGGGCUUCGAGGCAGAAUGCUUCUGGGUCGAAAAAGGUGGACUCCAGCCGCUGGAAGAGCGCCUUGCUCUAAGGCCUACUUCUGAGACAGCCAUAUACUCUAUGUUCUCCAAGUGGGUCCGUUCCUACAAAGAUCUUCCUCUGAAAAUUCAUCAGACGUGUACCAUAUUUCGCCAUGAGACAAAAAACACAAAGCCCCUAAUAAGAGUUAGAGAGAUCCAUUGGAACGAGGCACAUUGUUGCCAUGCAACAGCAGAAGAUGCGGUGUCUCAACUUUCCGACUACUGGAAAGUUAUCGACACCAUUUUUAGCGACGAGCUCUGCUUCAAGGGGCAAAAGCUACGCCGCGUAUGUUGGGAUAGGUUUCCGGGUGCGGACUACAGUGAAGUCUCCGAUGUCGUUAUGCCGUGUGGGCGAGUGCUUCAAACAGCCGGCAUCCACAAUCUUGGGCAACGCUUCUCGUCUACCUUCGAUAUUCUGUAUGCGAACAAGGCUAAUGAAAGCGUGCAUCCAUACCUAACGUGUGCAGGUAUAUCCACUCGUGUGCUAGCGUGUGCCUUAUCAAUCCAUGGGGACUCGGGAGGCUUGGUUCUUCCUCCCCUCAUUGCCCCCAUCCAUGUAGUAAUAAUUCCAAUUGGCUGUGGAAAGAAAAACAACCAAGAGUCCGAUCAGCAGGUUUUGGGGAAGGUAAACGAAAUCGCCGACACCCUGAAGUCAAAGCUUGGAUUACGGGUUUCUAUCGACGAUGACUUCUCGAAGAGCAUGGGCGAUAAAUUGUACUAUUAUGAACUCAAGGGGGUGCCUCUUCGAAUAGAAGUUGGACAGCGUGAUUUGGCCAACGGUCAAUGCAUUGUUGUGCCCCGUGAUGUAGGAAAGGACCAGAAAAGAGUAAUUCCCAUUACGGAGGUCAUGAAGGUAUCUUCUCAUACCACCGAAAACCACGAGUUGGUUGUGAAAAAUGUUAUCAAGGACGAGCUAGACGCCUACAAAGCCAGGCUUAAGGAAAAGGCAUUUGCAUUUCACAAUUCCAUGGUUACCAAUUGCAAGAGUUUUGAUGAGAUAGUGGCUUGUAUAGAAAACAAGGGAGGCCUGGCACGCUUUCCAUUUUAUACGACAGAGGCCGAUGGUGAAGUGUGGGACAAGAAGCUAAAAGAUGCGUGCUCUGCAGAAAUUCGCGGGCACAAUCCCGACGAGAAUGUUCUCCCCGGCGAGGUCUGUGCCCUUUCAGGGAAACCUGCUGUUUGCUACAUGUACUGUGCCAAGUCGUAUUAA